UUGUCCUCCUUCCCGGCCCUGUUGCACACCAUGCCUCUCCCUGAAGACCUGGGCCGUGCGCUGUGCGUCAUCACCGGCGCCUCCAAAGGCUUCGGCCGCGCCGUGGCGCAGGCCGUGGCCGGGCUGGUGACCCCCGGCUCGGUGCUGGUGCUGGCCGCCCGGUCCGGCGACGAGCUGCGCGCCCUGCAGGCGGAGCUGGACCAGCCGGGGCCCGGCCGGGCCGGACAGGCCGGAGUCCGGACGGAGGUAGUCGUGGCGGACGUUACGCGAACGGAGGGCCUGGAGCGCAUCGUGCAAACAUCCAAAGAGGCUUUUUCUGAGAGUAUUGAACAUAUUAUUCUGGUCAAUAACGCCGGCUCUUUGGGAGACGUAUCCCGCUACACUAAAAGUUUCACCGACAUGGCUGAAGUGGACUCUUACUUGUCCCUUAAUGUUAGCUCCUCCCUCUGCCUCACUGCCCGAGUUCUGGAGGCUUUCCCCCCGAAUCCAGGCCGUCGAUGCACCGUGAUCAACGUCUCGUCGCUGUGCGCCCUUCAGCCUUUCCCUUCCUGGGUGCUGUACUGCACCGGCAAAGCUGCCAGAGAAAUGAUGUUCAAGGUUCUAGCUGAGGAGGAGCCAGAUGUGCGGGUGCUCAACUACUCUCCAGGGCCUCUAGACACAGCCAUGCAGGUGGAGGCCAGAUCCAACACAGCUGAUCCAAACAUCAAAAAGUCAUUUUCGGACAUGUUUGCUAAGGGUCAGCUGCUCACCUGUGAGGAAUCCUGCGCAAAGCUGAUGAAGUUGCUAUUAGAGGACACCUACACUUCAGGAGCUCACAUAGAUAUCUACGACUUGUAGACAGAGAAUGAGCGCACUUUCUGCCUUUUAGAUUUUUGCCUUGCUGGUAUUUCCAUGUUCUUUGAUGAUUGAAUGAAGAAUAAGACUGACCAAAAACUAUUCUUACCAGAUUAAAAGCAUUCCAGAACCUAUGUUCAUGUAUUGUAAAGCUACAAUAAGUUUUACAAGAAGCUACACUACAGGGAUAAAAUGCCAAACAUUUCUAAUUCUACGAAACAGUAAUUGUUUACUCUGAUGGUACCUGGCCAUCAUCCAUUUUCAUAUUACCCAAGUCAGGAAUAUUUUAGACUGAUAUUUUAAUCACAUCUUAUAUUAUCAGUCGCAUUCCAAAAUGGUUUGAGAAAAAUGGAAUUGAUGCUGUAUUCCACAGCACUAAAGCACUUGUUUCCAUAAAAAAUUACAGACUGUAGGUAAAGAACACAAUUGUUAUUAUGAAUUUUUAAAAUUGUUAUUAUAAAUAAAGGUCUUUUAUUUUAGUUUGUAGUUAGUUCAAAAGGUACUCAUCAUUAACAUUUAUUUUGACUAUAGCCUGCAUUAUGAUUGUUUCUUUUUUCCAUAGGUUUUUUUGAAUUGUAGUUUUUACUAUAUCAGUUUUAUUACAUGAUCUCAAUAUACUUAUUUUUGUUCAGUUGAUUAAAACAGCUCAAAAUAACAUUUAAAUAGUUGUAUCUGUUUACAAAAUUUGUGAUCUUCAUCAUUCCCAUCACAUUUGUGAUGAUCUUUCCAAAGCUUAUGUCUACUUUCUUAAUUUUCUAAUAUAAUAUCUAUAUGUAUACUCACCUAAAAUAUCCAUUCUAAAGGAAAACAAAUCAGUUUAAUUAUUUAUUAAAGACCGUAUUGCAGUCUUGUUGUUGGCUGAACUUAUAUAUUAUAUAAGAUAUUAUAUUAUAGUUUGUUAAAAACCUGGCCAUAUAUCUGUCUUUGUAUAUGAGAGUUAUAUUAGGAAUUAUGAUUAUUCUUAUCAAAUCAAUUUACAUAUAGUAAGAAUCUAGCCAUAAAACCAGCAUAAACCAUAGACAUAGCUAUUUGAAACCUUUCUGUGCGCAAACACAGUUUAAUUUAGUGGCUUAUAUUAGAGUUGCAUAUAUUCAGCAAAUCCUUGUGAUUCAGAUUUUAAACAUGCUGACCAUCCAGCAAACUUUGUGGACGUUCUCUUUUACUAUUUUGUCUCUCUUUUGUCCAAUAACAUAGCAAGUGGACUAAAUUCAAAAUCUUUUUCUGUAAAGCACUUUUAUCUGUCUUGCGCACAAAAUGUGCCAUACAGAUAACUUUACCUUGCCUACCUUUGAUAUAUCAGAAUAUGAAAAUAUAUUUUUUAUUGUGACUUCGGGUCUUGUUUUUUUUUCUUAGUUCUCUGGUCAGUGAACUUCCACUUAUAUGAAAGUAAAUGAUGUGUGCUCAGUUAAAUAGUUCUUUACAAAACUAUUACUGUUGUCCAUGAUUUCUAUAUUAGUUUUACUUUGAUUCCAUUGACGUUUUGUUGAUGACAUUUCAUUGAUGAUGUAUUGUUAAUUCUGUAUUGAACCAUUCUAAUAAUCUGUGCUACAAAGACCCAAAGGUUUGUUGCUUAGUUGUUCUUGUGCCCCACUCAGGGUAAAACAAAAAAUACAGCUUUCUUCUGUAUAGUGUGCUUUAAACGUGCCUUUAAUAUCUGUCUGUUUACCGGUGGCAUUUCGCAAAUCAUUUAUGUCAACUAGAAAUUGUGUGCUUCAGCAGAAAAAUAAAUAUAUGAAAUAAAUGG